UUGCUUUGUGUCCUGUUGUUGAAGAAGUCUCUCUGCAGAACAUUGAGAAAUAUUACCCGUAAUUAAUCAACAAUGUCUUCAGUUCAGCAUUUGAGAGUGUUAAUCAACGAGAGACUAACUGCUGCUGCCGAAGAAAUAUUCAGAGUUUUUCACAAAACGAUCAUCGAGUAUGAAGAAGAGAUCGACCGUCAGCGCAGACUGCUGGACAUUGUUUGGAAACCUGAAAUAAAGCUGCACACGAUAGAGCUCCCACAGCAACAAGAGGAGGAGGAGGAGCAGGAGGUUCUCAAUGACGAGCAGCUCUGUAACCAUGAGAGGAUCUCCAGUUUGGACCAAGAGGACCCAGAGUCUCCACAAAUUAAAGAGGAAAAGGAGGAGCUUUGCACCAAUCUGGAAAGACAACAGCUGGUGGUGAAGCAGGAGACUGAAACCUUUAUGUCGACUGCUGCUUGUGAGGAAAGUGACAACAGUGAAGAGCAGACUCUGGACUUUAUGAUUGAGCAUGUUGUCAGCUUGUCAGUUAAAAGCUCUGAGGUACCAAAAACAAACAGUGAUGACCAGCUCCUCUCUCAUAACUCUCAUGUAGCUGAGAGCCAAGAUCACAAAGAAGGCAAACAAGGAGAAUCAGGAUCUACUAGAAAUACAGAGACAAAACCACAGAAGAGACAUUAUAAAACUAGAAGUCACGGUGACAAUGUAUGUAGCCCUACCACAUCAAAGAUUCAGCUGGAUCCUCAAACAAGUAAAAAGGUUUUGAAGUGUGACACUUGUGGAAAAGCUUUCAAGUAUAUUUCUCACUUGAAAGUACACCACAGAGUCCACACAGGUGAGAAGCCGUACACACGUGACACAUGUGGGAAAAACUUUUACCAAAUGGCAAAAAUGGAAAGUCAUAGGAGAACACAAACAGGGGAGAAACCAUACCCAUGUAACACUUGUGAGAAAAGAUUCUCUAAGAAAAGCAUAUUAAAACAGCAUAUGAAAAUCCACACAGGCGAGAAGCCGUAUUCAUGUGACACUUGUGGGAAGAGAUUUCGUGAAAUGACAAAAGUGAAAAGGCAUAUGAUAGUCCACACAGGUGAGAAGUCAUACCCGUGUGACACCUGUGGGAAACGAUUCUCUCAUCUGUUUGUAUUACACAAACAUAUGAAAGUCCACACAGGUGAGAAGCCGUACCCAUGUGACACUUGUGGGAAGAGAUUUAGUGAGAUGACGAAAGUGAAAAGGCAUAUGACAGUCCACACAGGUGAGAAGCCAUACCCAUGUGACACUUGUGGAAAAAGAUUUACUCAAGUGGAAAAAAUGAAAAGGCAUAUAACAGUCCACACAGGUAAGAAGCCGUACCCAUGUGACACUUGUGAGAAAAGAUUUUCUCGGCUGGAUGCAUUGAGAAUGCAUAUAAGAGUCCACACAGAUGAGAAGCCGUACCCAUGUGACACUUGUGAGGAAAGAUUUUCUCGGCUGGAUGCAUUGAAAAUGCAUAUGAGACACCACACAGGUUAGAAGCUGAAAAAUUGCAAAACUUGU